CGCAUAUUAACGUCAAUUUCCACCUUCGCCUUUACCAACUCAUUCUACCAUCAAAAACAACCCAACUAAUCACCAAUUCCAUAAUCGCAGCGCCGGCGCUGUAACCAAUUCCUACAACUACUCUACACACAACCCGCAAUCCUCACAUAAACUCCAAACGUCAUCGCGACACCUCCAACACCACCAAUCCACAAAUCCCCAUACCAAACGCGCGCAAUGCUAAUAAUCGGUCUAACCGGCUCCAUCGCAACCGGCAAAUCAACCGUCUCCUCCCUCCUCUCAUCAUCCCCAUACUCCCUCCCCAUCAUCGACGCCGACACCCUCGCCCGCCGCGUCGUCGAGCCGGGGACCGCCGGGUACAAAGCUAUCGUUGAUUACUUUGGACCUACGACGCCAGAUCUCCUCCUCCCAGACGAUAAUGCCAAUGCAAAUGGGGAAAGUGAAGGGGGAGCACUGAAUAGACCGGCCCUCGGGAGGAGAGUAUUCGGGGACAGCGCUGAACGCAAACGCGAUCGCGGUAUUCUCAACAGCAUUGUGCACCCCGCUGUAAGAUGGGAGAUAUACAAAUCUCUCCUGACGAAUUACUUAUCCGGCAAAUGGGCCGUCGUACUGGACGUCCCGCUGCUUUUCGAAAGUGGGCUCGAUCUCCUCUGUGGAACGGUCGUCGUCGUGGGCGUCUCCGAUCCAGCGGUGCAAAUGGCGCGUCUCCGUGCGCGCGACGCGCAUCUUUCCGCUGAGGAUGCUGAGAACCGAGUACGCAGCCAGGGCGAUGUGAAGGGGAAGGUUGCGAGGGCGGAGAGUCGGGGUGUGGAUAAUGCGCGCGGGGUUAUUGUUUGGAAUGAUGAGGAUAGAGGGGCGUUGGAGGGAGAGGUGAAGAGGGCUAUGGAGGUAAUUGGGGGGAGUAGUCCGCAGUGGUGGGCUUGGGUGUUGUUGGUUGUGCCGCCGGUGGGGGUCGGGGUUGGGGUUUGGAAUGUGGUGGUGAAUUAUUUGGGGAUGAGAAGGUGGGAGGGGAAGAUUAGGGAGGAGAAGGCUAAGCUUUAAUGUGUAUUCACUGUUUGAUUAUGCGUAGCCAGAAAUUGUCUUUUACUUCGAAUUAACUCUUCAUGACUAUGACUACCUCGUCCUAACGAGCUAUCAUGGCUUGCCCCUGCUGGGUUGGAGAUAUCACUAUCCAAGGUCUGGAGACUGAAAGACCUCGUUUGGUUCGUAGUGUGUCGACCGUUGAGCCACGUUCACCCUUGCCCAGGAGCGUCAGCCGGA